AUGGACCGGAUGAAGAAGAUCAAGCGGCAGCUGUCCAUGACGCUGCGGGGCGGCCGCGCCCCCGACAAGGGCCUGGGGGAGCCCCGCGACGGCAGCGACAGCGGUGAGCGCUGGCCCUUUAAGAGGGGCACGUACGCCACGGUGUACAAGGGCCGCAGCAAGCUGACCGAGAACCUGGUGGCGCUGAAGGAAAUCCGGCUGGAGCACGAGGAGGGCGCGCCCUGCACGGCCAUCCGCGAGGUGUCGCUCCUGCGGGACCUCAAGCACGCCAACGUGGUGACGCUGCACGACAUCGUGCACACGCCGCAGUGCCUGACGCUGGUCUUCGAGUACCUGGACCGGGACCUCAAGCAGUACCUGGAUGAUUGUGGGAACGUCAUCAGCAUGCACAACGUCAGGCGGUGGCACAUAAGGUUGGACCAAGAUGGCGCCGACCUCCUGGGGCAGCUGCUGCAGUUCGAGGGGCGGCGGCGGCUGCCGGCGGCCGAGGCCAUGGGACACGCCUUCUUCAGCUGCCUGGGGCCGCGCGUCAGCGCCCUGCCCGACAGUUCUUCCGCCUUCCGGGUGCUCGACACCGAGUUCUGA